AGGGUGGAGUUUUAACCAGGUGGUUGCUGCUCACCAGGACUGACUGACAAAUAACCAGCCAUGAAGUGACAAGCUCAUCCUUCCAUCAUCUCUGGGGACAUGCCAGACUCAGCUGAAGAUGAGCAAAUACUAUAGUGAGGGUUCCAGCAGAGGAAUCAAAAAAUCCAGCUCUUAACGAUGUGCAGCACUGGGGCCAGGCUGACAUCCCAGGAAUUAUUGCCUGGUACCAUGGAGCUGGAGCAGUGUUGGACAGUCAGUUUAUCUUUCAUAAUUCUCUUUUUUGAUAAGCUCUCUUCAGCUAAAGCACUUAUCCUGGGAGGUCAGAGUUUGAAUGUUACAGCUAUGAAUUUUUUUAUAAAUGUACAUAAAUUCUUCAGGUGCUUCAACUAGUUUUCAGGAAGGCUGGCAGCAGUUUAAUUUGCUAUGGCUACAGCAAGUUUAAUUUUUUAUUUAUUUAUCUAUUUAUUUAUUUAUUUUAGUAUGCUGCACUGGUUUUAGUUUUGUUUAAGUUACUGCAACUGGUGUUCAGAUUGUAGCCUAUUUUUGAAGCUGGAGGGGGCAAUUUUGUUAAUUCCAGUAUUUUUAAUGCCAUUGUGUAAUAUUUGCAGCCACCUGUAGAUGGUGAUGCAUUCCAUGCUUGGGCUGCAUCCCCUUUCCCAUCCACUGGUACCAGGGAAUUUCCAGGCUGGAUGAAUUGCAUUUAUUAUCCCUCUUAUUUUUAUUUUUCUGAGCAUGUGGGAUACCCUUGAAAUCCUUUCCAUUUCCAAAGCAUCCUGGCCUUGUCUCAGUUAGGAUAAGUUGUCCUUGUCCUGCUGCUCAGUAAUUGUGGAGGCCUCGGUUUCUUACAGUAAGCCAGCAGUGGGUACAGCUUAAGAUAAAAUGCAAGUUUUAUGGGGUUUAUCCACUUUUUGUCUUCCUCCCACAGCCAACUGUGUGUGUGUACACAUUUCCAAAAUGAAAGCCAGGGAUUGCAUGGGAUUCCAGGAUCCCCUGCCAGAGCACAGUCAGCCCUAAGGAAGCAGUUCGGCUUCCCUGUACAGGAAGGGGUUUACCAAUGGUUGGAGAAGCUGGCAGGAGGAAGCUGGAUGUUGGUGAUGAGCUUGGUGGUGGCCGUGAGUUGUACCUGUCCCAGAGCUCUGAUCUAAUUCCUGAACAGAACUUGGAGCCCAGCAGGAACAAACACAGCCCAGUGUAGCUCCUUGUGCUGCUGGGCUGACUCACCCACUACCUUCUGCUCCCUCGUUUAUGCCCGUUAUUUUGGUAUCCCCUUGGAAAUGGCUCUAAUGAACAACUACUGCUGUCUCUUGCGUCUGUGGCAGCAAAACUUCAGCUGAGCCCUUGGGCUACUUAAAAACCAGAUUAUUUGCCUUCCUCAGGCACUUACUGCCAGUGCUGCAGCUCUGUGGGAGCAGCCUGAGUUGGACUCUAUGAUCCUUGUGGGGUCCCUUCCAACUCGGAAUAUUCUGUGCAAUCAGAAACAGAUACUCUGAAACCAGGCUGGUAGCGGUGCCCGGGAGGUUCCCUGGGCAUCUCUCUAGCUCCUGCCCCUCCCGGCCAGGGUUGGCCGGAGCUGAGGAGGGGCCGGAGUCCAACUCUGGUGCGGAGCAGGGACCGGAGGGUGCCGGUGGCUCCGGCCGGGGCCGGGUUUUGGGGUGUCCCGGUGGCUGUGCCCGGGAGGGUUUUGGGGUGUCCCGGUGCCGUGUUUUGGGGUGUCCCGGUGGCUGUGCCCAGGCGGGUUUUGGGGUGUCCCGGUGGCCGUGCCCGGGCGGGUUUUGGGGUGUCCCGGUGCCGGGUUUUGGGGUGUCCCGGUGGCCGUGCCCGGGCGGGUUUUGGGGUGUCCCGGUGCCGGGUUUUGGGGUGUCCCGGUGGCCGUGCCCGGGCGGGUUUUGGGGUGCUGGCGGUGCUGACCCCGCCCCGUUUGGGCAGCGCCGCCCAUCGCGGGCGGGAAGUGAGGUCACGGCUGGAGGGAGGCCGGGAGCCCGCGGGCAGACCCCGCAGAGCCGGGCAGGGUCAGCUCCCAUCCCCCGGGACCCCCGAGCCAUGGCCGUGGGCCAGGACGGGCCCCCGGCUGGGCUGGGGCUCGGCUGCUGCGUCCUGGUGGUGCUGCUGCUGCUGGGGGGCUCGGGCAGCCCGGGGACACCGCCACGGCCACGGGCGACAUGGGCAGAGCGGCAGGGACACGCUGGGGAGGGGGCUCCGCGGGGCAGGGCGAACUUGGAGGGGUACGAGGCCGUGAAGAAGCACUUGGGAGCCGUGGGUGCCCUCUCCAAGCAGUACUGGCAGUACCUGGCGUGCAAGGUGUGGCAGGAGGGCUGCGAGGAGGAGAAGGAGGAACAAAAAGAGCCCGGUCACAGCCCAGGCUGGAGCUUACCUCUGGUGGGCCAGGAUUACCUGGAGAUCCUCUCUGCCUGGUACUGCAGCUUUGGCAAGUGCUGCGAGACAGGAGACUGCAGGAUAGUCAACAACAUCACAGGGCUAGAGGCAGACCUCAGUGAGCAGCUCCACGGGCAGCACUUGGCCAAAGAAGUGGUUGUUCGGGCAGUGCAGGGGUUCCUGCAGAGCCCACAGCCCAAGAAGGCGCUGGUCCUGUCCUUCCAUGGCUGGUCUGGCACAGGGAAGAACUUUGUGGCCCGGAUGGUGGCCAGUCACCUGUACCGGGAUGGGCUGAGGAGCGACUGUGUCAGGGUGUUCAUCUCCCUCCUCCACUUCCCCCACCACAAGUACCUGGACUCCUACAAGGCCCAGCUGCAGAGGCAGCUCAGCGAGACCCUGCAGCUCUGCAGGCAAUCCCUCUUCAUCUUCGACGAGGCCGAGAAGCUGCAUUCCAGCCUCCUGGAUGCCAUCAGGCCCUUCAUGGCUCCCUAUGGCAACGAGGGCCAGGCGGACCAACAGAGAGCCAUCUUCCUCUUCCUCAGCAAUCUUGGUGGAAACACCAUCAAUGAGGUCGCCCUGGACUUCUGGCGAGCCGGCCGGGCCCGGGAGGAGAUCUCCAUGGAGUUCCUGGAGCAGCGGCUGCGGCUGGAGCUGCAGGAGCCUGCAGAGAACAGUUAUGCCCACAGCCACCUCCUCAGAGAGAACCUCAUUGACUUCCUGGUGCCAUUCCUGCCCCUGGAGUUCCACCACGUGAAGCUCUGCGCGCGGGACGCCUUCCUGGCCCGGGGGCUUCCCUACUCCGAGGCCACCCUGGACGCGGUGGCCAGGAUGAUGGUGUUUGUCCCCAAAGAGGAGAAGCUCUUCUCUGCACAGGGCUGCAAAUCUGUGCCCCAGCGCAUCAAUUACUUCCUUCCUUGAACACCAGGUGGGACUACACAUGUGCUGGAGGUGGUUCUGCACUCUGGGAGCUGCUCCCCUUGCACAAGGUUGGGCACACAGGUGACCCAGCCAGGCACUUGCACAGGGACAGAGACUCAAUCCCUCCUUACUCCAAGGGCUGUUGCAGGGAAGGAGGUGCAUCCCACCCAGCUUUACUCCUGGGACGCGGGGACAGCCUGUGCUUGGCUGUGUUUGGAGUCUGUCUGGUGUUUUAAGUCCCUUUUAGGUGGCAGUGACCUGAAGGGGAGAUUGGGUUGUGCUGACAAAUGCUGUUUCAUGUGAGUGGGGACUGGGAAUAUCCAAGUUCUUGGUUUGUUGCCAUGUGGUGAAGGCAGGCCUGGGGCAGGCUGGUCCUGUUGAGACAGUGCAGCAGAAGCCACGUCCUCGUCCCUGUCCCCAGUUCUGUCACUUUACAAGAUCACACAGAACUGUUUCACUGGAAUUAAAUUUUUCCCUCUGUUGCUCUCAUGCCUUCCCAAGGUGUUUGCUGCUCAGGGACACACGGACCAGGAUCAUGUUUGUGCAUGGAGAAGAGGACUGAAUAAUCUCCUCUGGAGAUGCCAAAUCCAUAGCUUCUCACCUCGGAGUGUCCACCUCUCACUGGAGUCUUCCAUUGUAUGGAAGCAGUGCAGGGAUGAGGGGAACUUCUGCUGCAAUCAUUUUCUAAGCAGUUUGGUGAAGGGCCCUUUCGCUUUACUGCAAAAUGAAAAAGGGGAGAGAAUUUCUCUGCCAGGGGCAAAGGGCUGGUGAGCAGGAUGGUGGCUGAAGGAACAGGCUGUAGGUGAAUCCGGGAUUUCACGGAUGCAGGAAGCUUGGGUUUUUUCCUUUGUUUUUCAUUUUUCUCUUCUUUAUGUUUCAUGCUGUGGUUUUUUGGCUGGUAUCAGCAUUAUUAUUACUAUUACAAGGGCCUGUUUGCUGUCUGGGUACUCGCCAGGUGAUAAGUGUGUUACAGCAGCUCCAAAAAAUUUCAACAGUGUUACAGGAAUCACUUUGUGACCUCUGGGUCAAAACUCCCUUCCAACAGAGCUGUGCUGGCAGUGAGUGAAGCAGCACAUGCUUGGCUUCCCAGCCACUCCCACGGGGGACCUUUGGUCUGUUUUAAGCUUUGACCUGCUUUGUGGUGCCAGUGAAUGAGCAGCACGACCUCUGGGAAAAGAUUGACCAGACUCACUUACGAGUCCUGCAGACUUUGAGUCCGUGUUUCCCUCUGGGCACGCUGGCUCUGUUAUCUAACGAGGCUUCAUAGUCCAAGGCAGGAGGACGAGCCAGCUGCUUUCCUACUUGGCUUGAACUUAGCUCUUGUCUGGAGCGGACCUUAGGGUUGUGCCUGCGUGUGUGAUCAGGCAUUUCUGAGACUUGGUUUAUGGUUAAUCUCUUAAUCACAGGUGUCAAAAAUCUGGGAAACAUCAGAAUCCUGGAAUGGCACUUUGAGAAGGGAGGAUGCUGUCCCACAGGACACAACUUGGGUUGUGUUUUAUCACCUGCGCAGAAAGUUUAGCAGGUUGUUAGUUGAAGGUUAGUUGCUCAGAAGAUUGAGUAAAGCCAGGAUAACCUGGGAUUCUUUUUUAAAUAUAAAAAAGCCUCCAGCUGUCCGGGUUAGGCUGACGCUGCCUGGGGUGGCAGGAAGUCAGAGUGAACCUGGUGUGAGGUUGGCAUGUCAAGCAGCUCUUGCUGUGGUGGUGGUGUCACUAACGAGGGUGAUGCAAGACCUGUCUCUGCUGGUCAUGUGUGCGUGUCACAGUUGAGGGAGCUUUGAUUACAGAACCCCAACAGCCACAGCCGUUCUCUGACCAUGCCGUGGCAAUACUGUGUGGUUUCAAUGACAUAAAUAAAGAUACUGUGGGUUUUUUU